AGCUGUGCAGGGGGGCGGGGCGCUGGUGAAUGAGUCGGUGACGUCAGCGCGCAGCUCCCAGAGAGUGAAACAAACAUGGCGACAGGCCGAAGCGGGCUGCGAUACACUACGUUAACUUUGAUCGUUUUUCACUUGAGCGCAGCUGCUGGGCGGACUGGGGGAGCGGCGGCCGGCGGAGGGGCCGUGAUCCUGGGCAUGAGGCUGGAGAAGAGCGAGGGAGACUCCGGCGUGACCACGGGGGACGGCGUCUUGCAAGUGAGGGAGCGCAGCGUUGUCCAACUCCGGUUUUACGGUUUGCAGCUCAGCCGAGACACCGGCUCGGCAUUCAUCGCCUUCACGGACGAGGAGUUCACGGAGACCGGGGAGGAGGAUGAGGAUGAGGAGGAAGAGGGCGGCGGAGGAGGAGGUGCCGUUGCCAACAGGACCUGCCCGGACAUCACCAAAGACAUCACCGUCUCCAAAUACAUGAAAGUGUCGAGUCGGGACACCACCGGCGUGCUCAAUCUCACCAUCAAAGCGCUGCGCAAGAGCGACAAGUCCCGCCUGUACAGACUUUGCAUCCGAAACAGCACCGGGGGGCAGUGGUACCUGCUCGGGGCCAACGACGGUAAGCUGCUGGUGGUGGAGGAGCGCAAGCCCAUGCUGCCGCUGUGGCUGCAGAUCGUGGUCAUCUGCGUCCUCCUGGUGCUGUCCGGCAUGUUCAGCGGGCUGAACCUGGGUCUGAUGGCGCUGGACCCCAUGGAGCUCCGCAUCGUGCAGAGAUGCGGCACCGACAAGGAGAGGAAGUACGCCGGCAAGAUCGAGCCCAUCCGCAAGAAGGGCAACUACCUCCUCUGCUCGCUGUUGCUGGGCAACGUCCUGGUCAACACCACGCUGACCAUCCUGCUGGACGAUCUGAUCGGGUCCGGGCUGGGCGCUGUGGUCGCCUCCACGGUCGGCAUCGUCAUCUUCGGGGAGAUCGUCCCCCAAGCGCUGUGCUCCCGGCACGGGCUGGCGGUCGGGGCCAACACCAUCGUGGUGACCAAGUUUUUCAUGCUGGUGACUUUCCCUCUGUCCUUUCCCAUAAGCAAGCUGCUGGACUGCGUCUUGGGGCAGGAGAUCGGCACCGUUUACAACCGGGAGAAGCUGGUCGAGAUGCUGAAAGUCACGGCCCCUUACAACGACCUGGUCAAGGAGGAGAUGAACAUGAUCCAGGGAGCGCUCGAACUCCGAACCAAGACCGUGGCGGACGUGAUGACGUCGCUGGAGAACGGGUUCAUGAUCCAGAGCGACGCCGUGCUGGACUUCAACACCAUGUCCGAGAUCAUGGAGAGCGGCUACACGCGCAUCCCGGUCUACGACGGGGAGAGGUCCAACAUCGUGGACAUCCUGUACGUCAAGGACCUGGCGUUCGUGGACCCGGACGACUGCAGCACGCUCAAAUCCAUCACCAAGUUCUACAACCACCCGGUCCACUUCGUGUUCCACGACACCAAGCUGGACUGCAUGCUGGAGGAGUUUAAGAAAG